AUGCUCGCGGCUGACAAGAGUCACACUUCGCGCGAGGAGCUCACCGCUCGCUACGCCCAAGAGCUCAAUGACAUCGGCUUUGCGCUCGACGAGCCUAUCCUCAUCGACGACAUCGACGCCGACCUCACUGCUGCCCAGCGCGAAAAGGCCCAGCACCUCGAAGACAUCCGCUCGUCGCAGGACAUGCUGGAUCAGCACCUCGCCACGCUCGACUUUGACGCUCUCAUCGCCCCGCAGGGCCAGUCCACCAUCCACCCGCCUCCGCCCUCCCGCCCGCACCCGAUGCUGCUCGACUCGCCACCCCGCCACAUCCCGCGUCCCGCCGCACCUCCGCACCACGCUGCCGUCCCGCCGCCGUCGCCGCCUCCGGCCGCUGCCACUACACGCUUGCCAAUGUCACAGCUCAUCACCCUGCCCCGCGCGAGCGCCUCGCGCGCCGAACUCGAGACCAAUCUCACGCAGAUCGACACCGAAGCCAUGUUCCUCCGCGCCAGGCUCGGCGACACCCUCCAUAGCGAUGAUCCCGAGGCCAAGUUUCUGCGGACUGAGAUUCGUCAGCUCUGCAGUGACCUCGCCGCUGUUCGUGACCGCGUUGCCGCCAAGCUCGCGUCGACUUCCAUGGACGUCGCCGCCUUAGCCCAUGCUCCUUCGCCCGCUCCUCCUCCGGUUCCUGCGCGCUCGAUGCCGGCUAUACCCGCCAUGCACGCGCAAGUCCCGGCGGUGCCCAUGCAAGCCAUGCCCGGCGGCCAGAGCCUUACCCACCACGCCCCACCCCAGCCUGCCGCCAUCCCCUCCCACGAGGAUCUCGACAGGCUCGCCGCCGAGUCACGCAAGCGCUGGGCCGGCAAUGCCUUUGAAUGGACCAAACGCAUCGACGAGAUCAACUACAACGUCUUUGGCCACCGCAAGUUCCGUGACACCCAGCGCGAGGUCAUCAACGCCACCAUGGCCGGUCAUGACACCCUCGUCCUCAUGCCCACCGGCGGCGGCAAGUCGCUCUGCUACCAAGUCGCGGCCCUUGCCCUUCCCGGCCUAACCGUCGUCAUCUCACCGCUCAUUGCCCUCAUUGCUGAUCAGGCUUCCGCUCUCGACGGCCGCAACGUCCGCGUCGGCGUUCUCGCCGGCUGCGCUUCCGACGAUCAACGCCGCGCCACCCUCAGUGACAUCGCCUCGGGCUCGCCGCAGACCAAGAUUGUGUUCACCACCCCGGAAAUGGUCACCGCGUCCGACGCGCUCAAGGGCGCGCUCGCCCGCUGCAACGACCGCGGCAACUUUUCUCUCGUCGUCGUCGAUGAGUGCCACUGUGUCUCGCAGUGGGGCCACGACUUUCGCAGCGACUACCUCUCGCUCAACAUCUUCAAAAACUCGUUCCCCAACGUCACGGUCAUGGCCCUGACUGCCACCGCCACUCCGCCCGUCGCCAUCGACAUCAUCAAGAACCUCGGCCUCUCCGCAAACUACCAGCACUUUACCCAGUCCAUGAACCGGCCCAACCUCUUCUACGAGGUCCGUCCCAAGACCAGCAAAGCCACCGUCAAGGACAUCGUAGCCUUCAUCCGCACCAAGUUCCACAACAAGGCCGGCAUUGUCUACGGCUUUUCUCGUCGCGAGUGCGAAGACGUCGCGCGCCAGCUCUACGCCGCCCGCAUCCCGGCCCUGCACUACCACGCCGGCCUCGACCCUAGCGCCCGCCAGAACGUCCAGAACAAGUGGAUGGACGGACGCGUCAAGGUCAUCGUCGCCACCAUCGCCUUUGGCAUGGGCAUCAACAAGCCCGACGUCCGCUUUGUUGUCCACUACACCAUGCCCAAGUCCAUGGAGGGUCUCUUCCAGGAGGCCGGCCGCGCCGGCCGCGACGGCCUCGACGCCCACUGUCUCGUCUACUUUUCCUACAAGGACAAGACCCGCAUCGAGUCCCUCAUCGAUCGCAACACCGAGACCUCGUGGGUCCAGAAGCGCGAGGAAAAGUCCAAGAUUGCCCACGUCGUCCGCUACUGCUUGAACAAGGUCGACUGCCGCCGCUUCCUCCAGCUCGCCCACUUUGGCCGUACCUUUGACCCUGCAAAGUGCGCUUCAACCUGUGACAACUGCGCCUCGUCUGCCAUCUUUGCCAAGGUCGACGUCACAAAGCACGCCCGCAACCUUGUCACCCUCGUCAAAACCGCGUGCAAAGAGCUUCAUCGACCCGUCACCGCCACUCAGGUCGCUGCCUGCUACUACGGCUCUUCUUCGAAACCUUUGGUCACCGCAGGCCUCACCCGACUCGCUCAAGCUGGCGCUGGCCGCGGCCUUGAUCGCGACAACAUCAACCGCAUCGUCCAGCACCUCAUCCUCGACGGUGUCCUCUCAGAGUUUUCCAAGUCGCGCCCGGGGCCUCAUCGUGGCGUCUCCACCUACAUCCAGCCCGGCUCCAAGGCCAACGCUUUUCUCGAUGGCCACACCGGCCCCAUGAUCAUCGCCGUCGCUGACAAGGCCUCGUCGGCCUCGUCGCGCAAGCGCCAGCGCUCGGCCUCAUCGUCGUCGCGUAACCGGCCUACCCCCAACUCGCGCACCCGCCCGACACCGCAAGCCCUCCCCACCGAUCAUGCUGCUGUCGCCGCCGCCCGUGCCGCUUCUUCCGUACCCAUGGCUUCCGCCUACAAGGUCGCUGCCGUCGCUACCAAUCGCCCCAUCAUGCGUCGCCGACACUCAAACUCGGCCGCCCUACCCAGCGAGGUCCUCGACCUUCGCGCAGAGCUCAUCGCGAACCUCACCACCCUCACCGACAACUUUGCCAAGAACUUCCCGCGCCAGUUCCACUCCAAGGAAAUCGACCUCUUUGCCAACCUCCUCCCGACGACCGACGACGCCUUUGCUGCCGUCGAGGGCGUCGGCCCGGUCCUCGCCUCCAUCUGGGCUGCCCGCUACUUUCCGCUCAUCCAGCCCGCCGCCGAGAAAAUCGCAAAGGCCAUGGAACCUGCCACUCUCGACGACUACCGCGCCGCCUUUCAGUCGCAGCACUUUACCGAUCUCGAGGACUUUUCCUCCUCCACCGAGCAGUCGUCCAAGCGCCAUCACCCGCUCCCAUCGUAG